AUGGAAAAUUUCGAUAUUCCUCCAAAUCAAACCUUAUAUGUAAAUAAUCUAGAAGAUAAAAUAAAUGUAAACGAUUUGAAAUUUUUAUUAUAUGAGUUUUUUUGUCCAUAUGGAAAUAUAAUAGAUAUAGUUUUAAAAAAAUCAAAUAAAUCUAGAGGACAAGCUUUUAUUGUUUUUAAUAAUAUAGCAUCAUCUACUUUAGCUUGUAAAAACUUAAAAGGAAAAUUAUUUCUGAACAAAAAUAUAAACAUUAAUUAUGCAAAAACAAAAUCAAGAAUAAUUGAAAAAUUAGAAGGAACAUAUAAACCAACGAAAAACUAUAAAUCCUUAAAUAAUUAUGAAAAUAAAACGAAUUUAUAUACAUUAUUUGUUCAAAACUUGCCUAAUGAAAUAAAUAAAAAUGCAUUAGAAAUUUUAUUUAAUCAAUAUCCUGGAUAUUUUGAAGCUAGAUAUAUCCCAGGUAGAAAUGUUGCAUUUAUUGAUUUUACUUCUUAUCAGAGCGGAGAAAUUGCUAUGAAUGGAUUACAAAACUUUAAAAUUACUCCACAACAUCCCAUAAAAAUUUCUUGGUCUAAUUAA